GCUGUCGUCGCGUUGGCCGUGGCGUGCAUAUAUUGAAUCGUAACAUGGCGCUCUCUCACGACAAUGUCAAGUUUUUAGCCGUGGCGCGGGCCAGCGACAAGGUCAUCGUGGCCAGCUAUGCGCACACGAAGAAGGACAAGGAGGACUCGCCCAAGUACGUUGACAUGCUCAGCAAAGUUCUGCGGGCGCCCACGUGGAAGCAGCAAGUUACGCCCAACAGCCGCCACACGCUGGACUGUGACCCGAACAAGUUUCAUUUCACGAUGGACAACGACGAGAUGGUGUACUGCGCCAUCACAGCCGCCGACUAUCCCAUCCGACUUGCCUUCAAGUUGAUCACGGCGGUCCAAGAGGAGGUUAGCGGCAAGCACGGCGCCAAGCUUGCCCAGGCCAAAGAGAAUGGCCUGGAUUGCGGCAAGUCUCUAGGGGUUAUCGCCACCAUGUACGACGACCGCACUAAAGUCGACAAGGUGUCGGAAGUGAUGGCGCAAGUGGAUGCGGUCAAGAGCACCAUGCAAGACAACAUCCAAGUGGUAUUGUCCAACACGGAAAAGAUGGAGCUCGUGGAACAGAAAAGCAACGACCUAAACGAACAGGCCAAGGUGUUCCGCAACGCAGGAAAGAGCCUCGCCCGGACCAUGUGGUGGAAAAACGUCAAGAUGAUGAUUGCGAUUGGGCUGCUGGUCGUGCUGGUCAUUAUUGUCCUCCUUGCCAUGGCUGGGGUUUUCAAGUCAUCUACACCUGCGGCUACAGCUGCCCCCGCGGCUACAUCUUCCCCUACUACCGCGAUGCCGACGACUGCAAAACCUGUGCGAGCUCUACGCGACGUCAUUGGGCAUGUCAACCGUGUAUCGCACGGUGUUUAGGGUUUACAAGGGGAAUCUAAACAAGAUGAACUAAGAUAGUAUUGGUAUGGCGUUGAGCUUGUAGGUCUACAUGUUAGGUAGUCCAUGCUGGAUGUAAGAUUCAUGCAAAUAAUACAGUCGC